UGUGCCUUGGUAAAGAUGACGCUCAUAAGCCAAUUUAGCAGUGGUUCUCUCCGCCCUGCGCAGGUGUACGUACUGAGUAAGGAAGAAGGGGGUCGUCACAAACCGUUCGUUACUAACUUCAUGCCAGUGAUGUUCUCCCUCACGUGGGACAUGGUCUGCCGGGUGGAACUGCCAAAGGACAAGGAGCUGGUCAUGCCUGGGGAAGACACCUCCCUCACCCUCACCCUGCGGCAGCCCAUGGUGUUGGAGAAAGGCCAGCGUUUCACCCUGAGGGAUGGGAACAAGACCAUCGGCACAGGUCUGGUCAUCAACGUCCUGCAGAGCACGCCCGAGGACAUCAACUGGGGCUGAUCCGUGCCCCUCACCGCACCCAUACCAAAUUCUGCAACUGGUCCCUCCCCAAGCUCUCACUCUCAGAUGUUAUUUAAAAUGUUCUUUUUUAUUAUUAAAAAUAAACUCAUUGAGGAAUGAAAA